CACUGUGACUGUGUUUGAAAUGAUUUGUAUUUAGACGACUGUCGGACAUAAACAGAUUUUUUGCUAUCAGUAAAAUGAGAGACACGCCAUUAUCAGCCUGUGAAAGGCUUUUCAUAAUCAAAGCUCUAAGUGAUAAAAAGAGAUUGGAUGGAAGACAACCUUAUGAUUACAGAAAAAUUAAAAUUACAUUUGGAGCAGACAGAGGCUGCUGUAAAGUAAACCUUGGAAAAACUGUAGUUCUGGCUCAAGUGUCAUGUGAAAUAGUAUCCCCGAGAGCAGUUCGGCCAUCAGAUGGAAUCUUGUUUGUAAAUGUGGAGUUGUCCCCUAUGGCCUCACCAGCCUUUGAAGUGGGCAGGAUGUCUGAGUUGGGUGUAGAAAUUAACAGACUGUUGGAGCGCUGCCUGAGAGAGUCUCGAUGUGUUGACACAGAAUCUCUUUGCAUUAUUUCUGGGGAAAAGGUAUGGCAAAUUCGUGUUGAUGUAAAUGUGAUGAAUCAUGAUGGAAAUAUCGUGGAUUGUAGCAGUAUAGCGUCUAUAGCUGCACUGGCACACUUCAGACGACCAGACGUCACAGUCGAUGGAAAUGAAAUAAUUGUGGUGUCAGGGGAAAUGUUUGAAACCCUACAGGUGUCUGGAGAAAUGUUACUGAUGAAGGAUCAGAUUACCCUGCAGGUGUCAGGGGAAAUGUUACUGAUGAAGGAUCAGGUAUUGAGAUGUUCCAACAUAGCUGUUGUCAAGGUAACAGAGAUCACAGAAUUGAUACAGAGAGCCCUGGAAUAUGACAGAGAAGCAAGACUGAAGGGAGAUAAAUUUGGUUUUGCUGAGUCUGAGCCAACAGAGAGUAUACUGACAAAUCACAGGAAACCAGAGGAAAUUCAGGCUACAGAGGCCCAGAUAAAUGGUGAAUCAAGUGAUGAAAUGGACAUGAAUGGAGACUUAAACAAAGAAGAAAAAUCCCAGGUCAAAAUUCUGGGUCGGGGAGCGGGAGUGAUUGGGGAGGGUGGAGCCAGUACCUGGGAUGUUGAAGAUGAGGACAUGAUGGAAGAAUUACAAAACGAGGCCAAGGUCACAGGAAGUGACAAAAAGGGCAUAUCCCUCGCUACAGAUGACAAGCCAGGUGUGACCAAUGUGUGGAUUGUGGGAUCAUCCAUUGUGCACUGGGCAGAGGAUCGAGCCAGGACUCGUGGAUUUCGCAAUCUGACGUAUGACGAGAGGGAGGUAACCAUUUACUGGGACGGAGUGCGGGGGAUGAAGUGGGAGCAGCUCAUGUUUAACCUACAGAGAGAUCUCGCAAUAUUCGACUUCCCGGAUCCCAGUGUUCUGAUGAUUCAUCUGGGGUCUAAUGAUGUGGCAUCAUGGGAUACGAACGAGUUGAUCGACAGGAUGAAAACUGAUCUGAAGAAAGUGACAGAAAUGUUCCCCACAACUAAGCUGGUAUACUCUGAGAUUCUGGCUCGACGCGUGUGGAGGGGGAUGUCACUGGAGUGUGGUGAAGCUAAGAGGCAGCAAAUCAACUGUGAAGUAGGUCAAUAUGUCACAGAAAUGGGCGGAGUUGUCAUGCCUCAUUAUAACAUUAUACACCAGAAUGUCUCUAUAUACAUCAAAGAUGGAGUCCACAUGAAUAACUUUGGCAAUGACAUAUUGUUAGAGGAUAUUAUGAACUGUCUAACUACUGUGUUAGAGAAACCAUUAAACAGAGAAUCUGAAGAAGUGAGUCAGUCAGAUGAGGUCAUUCUAACAGGAGCAGACCUAGAUGUGUGUUACCCUCUGCCAUCGAGUAAAGAAAAUAGUGGAAAGCUGGAAGACAGUUUAUGUCACACUGGGGAAAUGGAUGAUUUUGAAAUUGAAUUUAAAUUAAGUGAAUAAGAAUUGUACAGUGAUACUGAAUUUAAGAACUAGUCAAAUUUGUUAUGAAAAAGACUGAAAGGUUGUGUUGAUUUCUUAU